UUACUCUACUCGUCAGGGAUUCCCUGUAACGCGGCAAUCCUAAAGAAAGAUAUAUCAGAAAAUUUUUGAGAGAUGCAGAGAGGCAGAUAGCUGUAUUCUCAUAAGCAUAACUUCAAGAUUAGGUCACAACCCCUUUUUUUUGUGGUUUUUCUCCUACUUCUUGGUUCUCCCCUCUCCCAAGAAGCGAACCUUAGCAGCAAACCCAGAUAAAAAAACAGACUUGGACAUUUGGAUUUGCGUGUCUCGUUUCAGGUCUCAUUUUGGGUUGCUUCCUCCUGGUAAGAGUUAUAUUGUGGGAGAAAGAGAGAAAUCAAAUGCCGGAGGAAGAUUUGGUUGAACUUAAAUUCCGGUUAUAUGACGGUUCAGAUGUUGGACCCUUUCAGUAUUCUCCAACUGCUACAGUCUCAAUGCUAAAGGAGAGAAUUGUCUCCGAGUGGCCUAAAGACAAGAAGAUUGUGCCAAAAUCAGCUAGUGACAUCAAGUUGAUAAAUGCUGGUAAGAUAUUGGAGAAUGGUAAAACUGUUGCACAGUGUAAAGCUCCAUUUGAUGAUCUCCCUAAAUCCGUCAUUACAAUGCAUGUUGUUGUGCAACCGUCUCCAACGAAAGCAAGACCAGAGAAAAAAAUCGAAGAGGAAGCCCCACAGAGAAGCUUUUGCUCAUGUACCAUCAUGUGAGUAAAACAACAAGUCCCAAAUCUAAAAAUCUGAAAGAGUUAAGCUUUGCUUCUCUGUGGUUUUGCUAGAAGACCCUAAAAACUUGAACUACCAUUUUCGCGCUUCAUAUUCUAUAUAUUCAUCACAAGUUCAAAAAAAGCAUCAUCAAUGGCGUUAUAAAGCUGGUCUAUUAGAGUUGUUAUCUUUUGUUCUGAAGAAAAAAACUCUUGUUUGGAGCAUCCAUUAUAAAGAUAAGAGUUUUGUCUUCUAUUUUGUUUCCAUGAACUAAUUCUACUAUUCUAGUAUCUUUGUAAACAUAUCUUGUAUGGUUCUGUUAAUCUUUAGUACACCUUAGACCUGUCUUUCCUCUA